UGGAGACAGAGAGGCAGUGUGACUGGCCGCGACCAGACCAGGCGGCGGUGCUCGCGUCGCGUGCCAUGCAUGGCCAUGGCCGGCCGUGCAGCGAGCGAGCUAUUGGUAACUUGUUGUAUGCUUAGAGCUCCUGCGGGGGGCGGUUAAUUACGGGGGUUGAAAGCAACGAACCUGAUGACACCGUGUAAAGCCCGCGGCGUCGUCGACGCGACACGCUGAGAUGACCUACAAAUACCAGUCGUCGUCCAACAAGUGCACCCAAUCCAGAGUCCAACAAGUGCACCCGCCCACCUCUUCGAGCGAGACCGACUCCCGACCGAGCCAUCCACUGUUCCAGACAUGGCGGCGAGGCCCGUCGCUCUGCUGCUGCUGGUGCUCGUCUCCGGCGGCCUGGCCGCGUCGUCGUCGGCCGGCGCGACGCAGUUCAAGGUCGGCGGGCAGAACGGGUGGAGCGUGCCGGCCGCCGGCGCCGAGUCCUACAACACCUGGGCGGGGCGGCUCCGGUUCCAGAUCGGCGACCAGCUGCUGUUCGUGUACCCCAAGGAGACGGACUCGGUGCUGCUAGUCGACGCGGCGGCCUACAACGCCUGCAACACCUCCUCCUACAUCACCAGGUUCGACGACGGCAGCACCGUGUUCACGCUCGACCGCUCGGGCCCUUUCUUCUUCGUCAGCGGAAACGACGCCAGCUGCCGCGCCAACGAGAAGCUCAUCGUCGUCGUCCUCGCCGACCGCUCCGGCACCCGCACGCCUCCCGCGGCGCCGCCGACGUCUCCUCCCACGCCGCUGCCCAGCCCGCCCUCCUCGCCUCCUGCGCCUGCGACGAGCCCGUCGUCGUCGCCACCCUCGGGCAGCGCUGCUCCCGUGCCGGCUCCCGCGGCCACCCCGACCUCGCCGCCGUCCCCAGCAGCUUCGGCUCCGGCGCCCGCUCCCACGACCACCGCCCCGAGCUCGCCGCCGGCGCCAGCCGCCCAGACCCCGUCGCCGUCUACGACACCGACACCAGGAGGCGGGUCGUCGUCCUCGCCGCCGUCAGGUUCGGCCAGCGCGCCGGGGGGCGAUGGCGGCAGCGGCUCCACCACCACGCCGCCUCCGCCUUCCGCAGCUGCCCCCGUGGUCGCGGGCUUCGUCGGCUCGCUCGGCGCUUUGAUCGGUUACGCCAUGCUUGCUGCCUGAGAUGAGAGAGACCGACGUGUUCGUUUUCUUUUGCCAGUGUGACUCGAGUGAGAUGACUCGCACUGUGAAGAGGCAUCAUUAUUUGUAUUUGCAUUUGCAUUUGUUCAAAUAUUUGUCGGAUAAUAAUAAUAAAUACAUGCACGAUUGCUUUUGGUUGUA